AUGGCUAAUGCAACAAUCACUCCAAGAAAGAAUGCUUUAUCAGUCAAACAGACUCUUCCAAAUCAGCAAAUGGAUGAGAAGCUACCACCCGAUGUUAUCGAUUUGUCCCUCUCGUCGGAUGAGGAGUGGAUGAACGAGGUGUUAAACGAUGAUUUUGAAGAAAAUAAGGACAAGCUUUCGGAUGAGAAACUCUGUGCUAAAGACGAUGCUGAUGCGACGGUUGUUGAUGAACAAAAAGAAGAGGAGACUUUUGAGGAAGCGAUUGAAGAAAAACCAGCCACACCACCACCAACACCAGAGGAGAUAAAGGAUGACUUGUCGACUAUCAAAGAAGAUGAAGAGUUCGAUUCGGAGGAUGAUGGCUGGGACGAUUAUAGGGCUGCACGUGCCACUGGAUCCACAUCGUUUGGGGUGGAGAAGCCGGUGGAAUCUGUCAAUGCUUUCGGCACAACUCAAGCGAUGGAUGGAUCGGGUGAUCAAAACAUGAACGUUGUCAAGGCUCCCACUUUUGGAAGAAUUCAAUCAACUGGUGAUCAGGAGCACAAAGAAAUCCCACCAAAAAGACGA